AAAUUAUGUUGAACGCAACUUUAUCAGUCAAAAAAGUUCCGGUGGCCAUCUUGGUUUAAAAAGUUAGCCUUUUCCGUUUUGUUGUCGUGAAAAUGACGGGCUUUAGCAAUAAGGCCAUAGUUAUCGAUGGCCGUGGCCAUUUACUCGGCCGCUUGGCUGCCAUCAUUGCUAAGGUCCUCCUUGAAGGAAACAAAGUUGUUGUUGUAAGAUGUGAACAAAUUAACAUCUCAGGAAACUUCUUCAGAAACAAGUUGAAGUUCAUGUCAUUUUUGCGCAAACGCUGCAAUGUGAACCCAGCGCGUGGUCCAUUCCACUUCAGAGCGCCAUCCAAGAUUCUGUGGAAGACUGUCAGAGGCAUGAUCCCCCACAAGACAGAGCGUGGAAAGGAUGCCCUCAGGAGGCUCCGUAGCUACGACGGUUGCCCUCCACCUUAUGACAACCGCCGUCGCGUCGUCGUACCUGCAGCCCUCAGGGUAUUCUGCCUAAAGCCUGGCCGCAAGUACUGUCACGUUGGCCGCCUCUCACACGAAGUCGGCUGGAAGUACCGUGAAGUUGUCCGCAAACUUGAGGACAAGAGGAAGUUCAAGGCUGUCCACAAAGUUGCCUAUGAGAGGAAACUUAAGAAAAUCACUAAGGAGGCCGGUGAGAAAGUUGCAAAGACGACAGCACCCUUCACCGCUAUCAUGCAAUCCUACGGAUAUAAUUAGGAUUAAGAUUUACAAAAAAUAAACCAUUGGUUGCCCA